AAGAGGGAGCGACGCAUUAUUGCAGUAUAGUUCCAUCAGAGAUACGCGCAAAAAAAAAAAAAACUACCGCACUAACCUAAAAUCCGACACACGCUCAACGACAGACAGACAGCGGUGGUUAGACUAGGGGGGAAUAGUGAAAAUAUAUAAUUAGUGAACCCUGCAGGUAUCAGAAGGCUAUUGAAUGCUUGUAUGUUUUUGUGGUCUUAGUAGAUAGAAUACGACUAAAUGGUAGGAAUUCUUUCAUAUUUUCUGUUUCAAGUACCUUGGACUACAAUACUGUUUGGGGGCUUCUGAUUAUUUAGCCCAUUAUUCGAUUUGCCUUGUUUUAUUCCGUCAAGUUUUUCUGAGUGUGCAUUUUUGGAUUCAAAUUCGUAUCUUGGAUUUAGAAGAACUGUUUUCUCCAAAAAUUGAGUCAGUCUUUUAAGCAGCUGCAAACGAGAUGUCUGCCCCAGCACCUGAUGCUGCUGCCCCAGCAGGGCCCCCCGGGGCCCCAGGAGCCCCCGGUGGAGAAGGGGGGGCCCCAGGAGGUGGACCCCCAAACGCUCCCCCCAACCUCUCCAGCAACCGCAGAUUGCAACAGACACAGGCGCAAGUAGAGGAGGUGGUGGACAUCAUGCGCGUGAACGUGGACAAGGUGCUGGACCGGGACCAGAAGCUCUCGGAGCUGGACGACCGGGCCGACGCCUUGCAGGCCGGGGCCUCCCAGUUUGAGAGCUGCGCUGCCAAGCUGAAGAACAAGUACUGGUGGAAAAACUGCAAGAUGAUGAUAAUGAUGGGAAUCAUUGGUGUCAUCGUGGUCGGCAUCAUUUUCUUGUACUUCUUCUCUUGAGCUGACCCGUGUGUGGAAGGACACCGACUCCACAAUGACAAAGGGAGGGUGGGGGUGGGGCGGGGAACAACACCUCCAAACUCUACUCUCCUUCCCCCCCCUUCCUCCCUCCUUCGCCCCCACCCUCUCUCCACACCGAAGUCUUCCAUCCAACCAUCUUGCACUUAAAACGUGACGGUAGUGUGUAGACGUCAAUAUCUCUGCUCUGUUCCUCCCUCACCCUGUUUUCUUUCUCUCUCUCUCUGUGGAUGGAGAUGUCUCUCGCUCUCUCCCCGUCUCUGUGUCUAAUGCAUUAUUGAAGGGUCCAGCAGACACAAACCAGUGGAGUCUGACAGAGAGAGUGGAGGAUGUAAGAAAAAGAGAGGGAAGGAGAAAGAAAACAAGAAGGGUAGGGCAGGCAGGGAGUAGAAAAAAAGAGAGAAGUGUGCGUUGGGAAAUAUAGCAGGUGAUUUGGAUUACAUUUUCUAAAUCCUAAUUACGCCAAAGCUUGUUCAUUUUACCUUUUGGAAGCUUCCUGCAUUUGUAAAUUGAUACUGACAUACCUAACAAUCUUCCAGUCUCCUCGUACUACUGCUACUAUUACUAAUAAUAAUGAUACAAACUCAUGAUUAUGAUAAUAUUAAUAAUUUUGUUGUGUUUGUGUACUAGUGAACUAAAUCAUUGUAGCUAUUAGCUUUUCCCAAAUUCCCUUUUUUACUUUUCUGGUGUUCCUUCCUUGAACUCUUUCUCCAUGAUUCUCUCUCUUUCUGCCUCUCUGAAAGAGGAAGAUAGAGAUAGACAGAAGGAACGAUGAGGAAGAAUCCAGUCAAGAUAUUAAGUUGAUAAUCUUACCUUUCGGUAUGUAUAUACCCACGCCACCAUCAGAAGGAACAACAGAUACAGAAUAAACCAGUGAAUGCAGGAAAAUGUAUGAAGAUAAAAUAAAGAGACAUAAAAAGAUACAUAAAUAAUGCAGGCUACACAGACUCGAGACAUGCAGUCUCUUUCCUGUGUGAUCAGGCAUACGCCGAAUCCCUCUGACAACGACACGCCCAUAGACUGGCAGGGAGCUGUGUGAAACAUGUCAGAAUAAAAUAGGUGUUUUACGUGAAAACAUGGGUGUGUGUGUUAAGGCAGGGUGAAGGUGCUGGUUCUGUUCACACAGCUGUAUGCUGAAGAGUGUCCUGUCUGCCGUGGCCCUGUCCAGCAGCAGCUGUUUGUGGUGUGAGUGGAUAUCGUCUCAUAUCUAAAGGCUGUUUUGUGUACUGUGGACUCACUGGAGUACUGUUUACGCCUCCGAUGGCUUGCAUGGCAAACAGUGCCCCUAUAAUCCCGUGUAUCCCCAUCGAUGUACCGUGUCUUAUCAUUUUUAAUCACCGGUUUCUGGUGCAUUUUUCGCAUUACCGUCGUGUGAAGAAGAACCUUGUAUUGCUUUAAUGCAAAUUUAUAAGAAAUGCCAUGAGACGAGGGUCAUACCAAGAGUCCGGUUUUGUUAAGAACUAGUUAUUAGUUUGUUAUGAGGGAAAAAAAUAUUACAUGUUACAAUGAGGAAAAUCUCAUUUAAGACAAAAUGACCCAUAGAUGGAUUUAUGUUUUUGUCAAAACACCUAUUCUCCUUUUCGCUUCCUUUAUUUGUAGUUAUUGCUGGAAGUUGAAACAUUUCUCAAGGACUGUUGAGAUAAAAGCUGUAAAAAAAUGUGAAAGUGUAAAUUGUAUUUAUGGAUGAAAAAUAAAGGUUAUAACUCAAGGGUAUUUAAAAAUGAUCAAACAGACACGAGAGAAGCUGCUGAAUCAUGUGAUUGUCAUUUAAAAGCAUGUCUAUUUGCCUACCACUUUUGCUGAUGCCAAUAAAGAAAUCAUCGAUA